CAGGAGACGAUCCUUUCAUUAAUUCCCUGCAGUUGCGGCCUUUGGAAGAUACAAUGUACUCGUUAAUGGAAGUCGAUACCGUAUAUCUUUCCCAGGAAAGGGGUAACUAUGGUGCCCCAGCUGGUAGCAAACUUCUUCUGAGGCUUCGCCGUAAACAAGCCCCCGCCGGCCGUCAUGAACACUGCGGCACAAGCUGCAGAUGCAAUGACCUCGUUUUCGCUGCUUCUACGACCUACUUUCACUAAUACUUCGUUUUUCGUCAACCUAUAUUUCGCCGAAUUGAAGGUUUUGACAGCAGGGCAGACGAGGGUAUUCGACAUCUUCAUCAAUAACGUAUUAAAGUUUCCCUUGGUAAAUAUAUUUAGUCUCGCUGAGAAUGCAUUGUACAAGCCCGUCCAACUCAGCACUAAUCUUACACUUACUGCGAACGCUGAAAUCAAUAUAACGAUUUCGCCUGUGGACGGAACAUCGUUGGGUCCUCUUGUCAACGCUCUUGAGAUUCACUCACUCCACAGGAUCCAAUCUAGAACUCUUGACCGUGACGCGUUAGCAAUCGAAAACGUGAAGAAAUCCUUUGAACUGACAGACUCGUGGACUGGCGACCCAUGCUUACUUCUACCAUAUGACUGGUUGAAUUGUACCGCAGCGUUUCCUCCUCGAGUAACUGCUGUGAUGCUCUCUAAUAACAAUUUGACCGGCCCUAUACCGGCAGGCCUGAAAGAUUUGACCGAUCUCACCACGUUGCGCUUGUUUAACAAUAAGCUCACGGGCUCAAUACCCAGCUGGUUGGCAUUGCUGCCGAAUUUGACAGAGCUGGAUCUGCGCAACAACGACUUGAGUGGACGUGUGCCGGAGGCUCUUCUUACGAACUCUGCUUUAGCAUUCCGAUUUGAAGGGAAUUCUCGUCUUUGCGUGAAUGCAACAUCAUGUCCGGGCGACAAGAGCAAUGUGGGGGUUGUAGUUGGAGUCGUAGUGGGAACGGUUGCUGUUGCUAUUAUUGUAGCGUUAGUUGUGGUCUAUUUCUUCUGGUCUGCCAGGAAGAAAAGAGCUCCGCUGGAAAAGAUUCCUCUCCAAGGUGGGGAAAAUCCACGAGGAUCCAAAUUUACGUAUGCACAAGUUAUGUUUGCUACGAAAAACAAUCACAAAAUGUUGGGGAAAGGAGGCUUCGGUCCUGUGUACUACGGUAAGUUGCAAGAUGGACAGGAGGUCGCCGUGAAAGUUUCCAGCAAAGUGUCCGCACAAGGAUCUAGAGAAUUCAUCAAUGAGAUUGAUCUUCUCACGAAGGUGCAUCACAAGAACCUUGUGACUCUGGUGGGCUAUUGCAACGAUGGGAACAAUCUGAUGUUGAUGUACGAGUAUAUGCCGUUGGGUAGCUUACAAGAUCAUCUGUAUGGAUCGAUCAAGAAAGAGAAGAAAUUAUUUUUGGAUUGGCCAACUCGGAUACACAUAGCACUUCAGGCCGCGCAAGGAUUAGAGUAUCUACACAGGGGGUGUAGUCCAGCAAUAUUUCACCGUGAUGUUAAGAGCAACAACAUUCUGCUGGGCCACAAGAUGGUAGCAAAGGUUGCCGAUUUCGGGCUCUCUAAAUCGACGAAUUCGAACGAGGCCGUGUCCCACGUCUCUACCAUGGUCAAGGGUACCAUGGGUUAUCUGGAUCCCGAUUAUUUCAACACGAACCAGCUCACAGAGAAGAGCGACGUAUAUAGUUUUGGCAUUGUUUUAUUGGAGCUGAUUUGUGGACGAGCUCCUCUCGUACCUGAUCUUCCCGAGCAAGAACGCCGACUGGAUCAAUGGGCUCGGCCUUACUUGUCAAACGAGAACAUUCAAAUGAUCGUGGAUCCAUCCUUUGGUGACAAGUACCACUUGGAAAGCGUGUGGAGAGUGGCGGAAUUGGCCAUGCAAAGCGUUGAGCCUCGAGGAAUUCAUCGCCCGAAGAUGAGAGAAGUUGUCCAAGAGCUUCGUGAGACAUAUGCGAUGGUGGAGGGCGCCCACCUCGUGGACGCUCAUCAAAGGCCUUGGUGGAAUAACGAAAACCUCGAUUCCCCUGAUUUCUAUUCUGACGCCCAUGCGCAAUCGAGCACGGGAAGCUCCAACGCACUACACAGUGGCGAGAAUUUCAGACUGAUUUCUCGGUAACCCCAUCCAAAUAUGUAAGCUUCUUCAGAAGCUUGCGUGAUCUUGCAUCACUCAUCUGCGGUAACGGUGAGACUGGUUGCAUUUAACGGGGCGCCUUGUGCAAAUGAACAAUGUCAUCCUCCUGUGGCUGUACUCCGCAUUGUCACUUUGCAGGUUCGACCCGAAAGCUGGAGUUGCAGACUGUACAAAAAGAAUUGUUCGUCUGAUGACGUAUGAGCCAGAAUGAUCAUGAUCAAAGUCACCAGUUGGCUGAGGCUUUCUUUACCACGGGAUUGUUGCAGUUAUUAUGCUGAUACAGUUCGCAGGCUGCUUAUCCUUUCAUCAUAUGUAGGAGUAUAGCAUUCUCUGCCUCCUCCUUGUAGUUUAUGUACCUUGGCCCUACAUUUACCAGGAGAUUGCCUCAAAAUAUAUGAUUAAAUUUUCUUUCUCUCAAUAUAUUCUUUAAUAGCUAGUCAUUAUGCGCAGAUUAUGACAACAUCGCAGUAGAAUCGGAAGCAGGUCCAGGUUCUGGUGCUGAAAAGCAUCCUCCAGUUGUCGUGAUUGCAGCGGCAACUAUCAAAAACUGGAGUAGAAAUAACGUUUGUCCCUCUCUUUUUCAACGGAUCCUCCUCAAUUAGUGUGCACUUUGCUGACCUGGACAUGUCACUGUUCUCCGUUUCAAACCACCGGAUGCUCCUUGUAACUAUUAGGGCUCCAUAUCCACAUUAUCGAGACCAGUUAGGGGUGCACACAAAAAACGUCGACACAGCACCUUGAGAGAUGUUUAUCAACCCAAUCUGGUAUGUACAUGAUGGGAUUGUGUCGACAGACACACACGAAUUUGCCUCUGAUGGUGGCUGCCUCUUUAUAGCUUUGCAGGUUUCCUUAACGGCCCAGACAAUAAAAAUAUGACCUGCUGUUGAAUGAGCAACGAUGGUUGUCAGUGUUGAAUGUUUAAAUCUUCGCUAACUGUGCACCAUACAUUUCUGUCGGAAAAGCUGCCUUCCAGUGUCAAAAUAGCGGUGGAGGCCUCCAUCUCGGUCAUAUUUACUCUGUGCCCAUCAACAGUACUUGACCCUCUGAUUAAUCCGGCGGUGCUUCUCUUUUUUCUUACCUUUUUAAAAGUUAUUUUUUGUAGGUUCCAGGGGUUUCUGUUAGUUUGGGAUAACUGUAUACAUGGAUUAACCGAGUGAUCAGAAACAAGCGUCUGGGGUCUGCUUGCCUCACUAGUUGGGCAGAAACGGUCUUUAUGGCACAAAGAUAGUAGUACACAUCAGUACACAUUGUACAGUAACCCAAA